GGAUGGUGCCUUGUUUAGUGCUGGGCGGCGCUGCCCUAUUUAAACAGACUUGAUCCGUCCCUGGAGUGACUAUAUCGCUGGCUUUACGGGCACAAAAUCUCAGAAAAAUCCACCAAAAUGAGUGACAACCCUGUCAGUAAGGAGGUACAGACCUUUGACAAGAGAUGUCUAAAGAAGACCAACACGGCAGAAAAGAAUAAACUGCCAACCAAGGAAGAUAUUGAGCAAGAAAAGAAGGAGUGUCGUAUUCCUCCAAGCAACUGAAUAGCUGUCGCCCCUCCCUUGCUCCCCCCCUCCAGUUGUUGUAUCCCGGUUGCCAGGACACCGUGCCUGUUUUUAUUGCUCCACCCAAGUUUGUUCACCUUAAGGGCUCUGAGAUGCCAGGACAAAGUCCAAGGGUGGGGGGGGGGGGGCAAGAGGAGCAACAGGCACUGUUGCAUCACUUAAGCCAUGCGAAACUGCAGCUGUGUAAAUUUUAUAUGUUGCUUCAUAAUGCAUUGCAGAGUAAAUUGACGGUCAUAAAAGGGCCCUGCAUUAAUCAAAUGUUCACACCCUUGUAACACUUUGCAGACCUGAUGAAAUUUAUGAAUUUAUGACUUAACAUGUUGAAACAUAUUUUUGUUUUUAAAUAAAGUGAUACAUGUUUUACAUCUGUAA